UUUACUACUAUUAGUAGUUUAGUGACCACCGACACUGGCUGGCUACGCAGAUCGGUGCCACAGUGCAUUGCGCUGAGAAAAAUCAAUCAGAAUCUUCCCGCCUCCGUCGGUUUCCAAGGCAACGGGUAAACAGUGGGGAGACGUUGCAUUGCACGGUCACGGAGAGACGUGUCGUAUUUCGACAAUAUUGUUUAGUGUCGUGUCUGUAUCAAGUUUAAUUGAACAUUUGUGAAUUUUAUGGACAAUGGCAGAGGAGGCUGCGGCUCCAGGAGCUGCGCCUGAGAAAGUGAUACACACCUAUCCUCUAAUAAGGCACUCGGAUAUGUCAGAGGAGAUGCGAGUGGAAGCUAUGGAGUUAUCCGUCACCGCGUGCGAGAAGUUCUCACAUAACAACGAGUUGGCUGCUCGGAUGGUCAAGGAGUCCAUGGAUAAGAAGUUCGGCCCUUCCUUCCACGUGGUCGUAGGAGAAAGCUACGGCUUCGAAGUCACCUAUGAGUGCACCAAUAUGUGCUACAUGUACUUUGGAGGAAAUCAGGCUAUCUGCAUAUGGAAAUGCUCUUGAAACGCAUUUAUUUUAGUUAGCUCUACCAAAUAAUAUACCGAAGAGAUCUUAUCUAAUUUUAAUUACUUUAUGGAUGUGACAUAGUUUAUGUUAUUAAUAAAACAAUCAAUUAUUGAAUAGCAAUUACUUAUUAAUAGGAUAACGGAAACGGUUCCAAUUUACAUUUAUGUAUUGUAAAAAAUGUAUGUAUCUAAUGCCAUUAUGUGUCUUUAACUUAAAGUCUGCAUCCCGUUAGUGCAGAGAAAAUGUCUUGUCGUAGAAAGUAACAAGCCCGUAAAAUGUUUUCACGUUAAGUAUUUUUAAAUAGCAUUUCUUUCAUUUUAAAAAUGUUCAGAAAUUGAAAACGCUUUAAAAUAAAACAAAGGCGCUGACGUCGCUAUGUCGCGUUUCAUAUGUAAAACAGUUCGCACGCGAGCGAAGUUUUUAUUUUAUAAACAUUUCCAAGAAAUAAUUUACAUAAACGUGGAAAUCGUUCAGUAGCCGGGUUAUAGGGCCUUUUUACGUUUCUUUGCUGUUAUGCAAAAUAAAUUCAGAAAUCCCAUAGUAGGUACUUAACUUAAAUAUAAACGUAGAUCUCCUAACAGCGCGCUGUAAUAAAUAGAUAGAUACAUGUCUAAAUUAAGGUACGGCAUAAAGUGACAUAGGUUCAAUAAAUUGGAGGCAUGCGUACCCCUAUGCACCCUACGCCACCCCAGGGCACAGACGUGGUAGAGGGCGAGGGUCUCUAAAACCAGACGGAAACACCUACCUAUAUCUACAUACAUCUACUCUUCAAAGUGGGAAGAUAACUAAAUUAUGACGAGUGUUCCGUCACUGAGAAAUCCUUUCAGAGACGAGAGUAGCCUAUGAAUCUGCCAUUGCCACUGCCAUGUCUCGUUAAUAUUAGACAGUUCAGAUUUCUUAUUAGUCUGGAAACAAGUAUUAGGUACCUAAUUAACUUGUCUGAACUUAAAUUCAAAGUUUUACAAGCUCCCCUCUACCACCCACAUGAAUUGAUGGUAAUUUUAGUUCAACGAUCAAUAAAUCUACAUGCAUUCAACGGCUUAAGUGUUUGUACAGACAACAUAAUGAAAUAUUCUCGGCUGUUGGCCACACAUAGUUCUUACGUUAGGUGGUAUUUGUUGAACAAACGGGGUCAAUGCGACUUGCAGCGAGAGCCAAAAUUACUAAAAUAACGCUAGCUUUAGGUCGCAUCACAGGGGCCCGAUUCUCCUAAUUUUACUUAAGCGACCUUCGAUUGACGUUCGACUCGAUUCGACUGAGAUCCAAUCCCGACUCGAUUACUAUUGAAGCGUAUGUGGCAUUCCGCUAUUUUUUCUUUGAAAUAAACGUUUUUAUCCUUUUCUGUCAUUCAAUAAUGGAUCAUUUUGUCUGCAAAUGAUUUACGAUUGCAAAAUGAUUGUACAGCAAACUACCGUAUAGACCAAAAUCAUCAAAAUAGCAGACCAAUCGCACACCAAUCAAAUGUCAAUCGAAUACGAUUGGUCUUUUAUUAGUAGCAGAAUGCCCGAUAUGGUUAAAACUGCUAUUACGAUCAUAUUGCGAUUCGAUUUCUAUUCGAUUUUGACAUUAUUAAUUUAGGAGAAUUGGGGCCCUGGGCCCCAGUGACCUGUGUCAUAUGUGUAAGUAUGAUUUAAUGAUUUUUGUAAUUAACUUUUUCAUCAUUCUUGUCCAAUAAACAUGGGUAAGCUGAGGUAACUUCUGGAUUCCGUUACUAUUCACACCAUUCAAAAUGUGUUUGUGUUGAGGUACCUACCUAUUGUUAACAUUUUCGAAUGUCACCAUCGACCGUCACGAUACAAUUACCUACAAAACGUCAAUUUUAAUUACCUCUAAUAAGUCAAGGGCUCAAAAGGUACUAUAGGAACCCACCUGACCUAAUAACAUUUAAUUGAAUUGUGUCGAGACAUUUGUGCUUGUAAUAAAAAAUCGACAUACAAUUAAACGAGUCUAAUUGGUUCCCAAACUUUUUUGUUAAUUAUCUCAGCUACAUAAGUAGCGCCUUGAGCGUGUAUUUGUAAACACCAACAAUCCUAUUGUUCACUGAACACUCGGUUAAUGAGAAUAGACCAUAUUUUUGUCAAUUACACAUAUUUUUUGCUGUAAUUACUGUUUAAGACACGCCAUUUGAAAUGUAACGUACAAAAUAAAUCGAGGCCAUGUUAGCUACCUCGGUACAACGUAAUUAUGUGUGGUAGGUAAUAAUUGCAUAAAAACAUUAUUACGAGCGUGAGAAAAUUUUAUAAUGGAAUAAAGUAUAUUUUUAAAAUA